AUGCGAAUUGUGCACUACCUAUUUUGCUGGCUGGCUAUCUCGCUAGUUGAAACAACAACAGCCAUUCCAGAUCCGCUGAGAUUCACAACUAUAUUCUCCAGUGCCUCCAAGCAACUUCAAAGUAUCAGUCUCGGGAACUGCUCACUGACGGGGAUCUCUCCGCCGCUAAACGAUACAAAAAAGUCGCUUCCAACACCAUCUCCAGGCCUGGACCUGAAAUUCAUUGCACUGGGUCGUGGAACACAAAACUACUCUUGUACCCCGUCGCCUUCUUCUCAAGAUGCCACCAAAGACGAGAAACCCGUUGCGGUCGGGGCUGUGGCAACACUUUUUGAUGCUUCUUGUAUCGCAGCAACAUCACUCAGUUUGCUUCAUGAACUGCCUUCUAUCAUGGGCCGAGCGCCGCUUGGCCCGCUUGCUCUGAUAACCGAGCUUCUGGGCGACAUGACAAACUCGUCUAGUCUCAUUCUCGGAGAACACUACUUCAACGCUGCCGGUGAGCCAACGUUCAACCUGACGAUGAGCGGCUCGGAUGCUUGGGCCAUAAGCAAGAAGGACGCAUCCGUUCCGGCACCAAGGAGAGUUAAAGUCAAGAAUGCUUGUCCUGAGAAGGGUCAGGACGUGGCGUGGCUCAAACUGGAUCGGAAGCAGGGAAAUCUCAUCAAGGAGGUUUACCGAGUCGUCACAUUCCAAGGGUCUCCCCCUCCACGUGCGCUGGACAGGAUGAGACAAUUCUGGUAG